AUGGGCUUUACCGAUCUCCUUACCGAUGCUGGAGCUACCGUGCUCAACACCUGGUUGAGCACCCGCUCCUACAUUGUCGGCCAGAGCGCCUCUCAGGCUGAUGUCGCCGUCUUCAAGGCUCUCUCCUCUGCCCCUGACGCCGAGAAGUACCCCCACGCUGCCCGAUGGUACAAGCACAUCGCCAGCUACGAGAGCGAGUUCGCCACCCUCCCCGGUGAUGCCGCUGCUCCCUACAGCACCUACGGCCCUGAGACCGCCGAGGUGACCAUCAACCCCGCUGAGGCCCCUGAGAAGGCUGAGGGUGGUGAUGACGACGAUGUCGACCUGUUCGGCAGCGACGAGGAGGAGGACGAGGAGGCUGCCCGCGUCCGCGAGGAGCGCCUUGCCGAGUACAAGAAGAAGAAGGAGGCCAAGCCCAAGACCAUCGCCAAGUCCGUCGUCACUCUCGACGUCAAGCCUUGGGAUGACGAGACCGACAUGAAGGCUCUUGAGGCUGGUGUCCGUGCCAUUGAGAAGGAUGGUCUUACCUGGGGUGCCUCCAAGCUCGUCCCCGUUGGUUUCGGUGUCAGCAAGCUCCAGAUCAACCUCGUUGUCGAGGACGAGAAGGUCUCUAUUGGCGAUCUUGAGGAGGAGAUCCAGGAGCUCGAGGACUACGUCCAGUCCACCGACGUUGCUGCCAUGCAGAAGCUGUAA